UUUGUCUCUUCUGUAAACCAGAAAUGUCUGUCGAAAUAAAUUGGAUGUAAAUAUUAUAUUAUAUCUGAUUAAUUAAGAAAAUUUGCACGUGAAUUAAUAUUCAAAUUAAACAGUUAUUGUGUGAUUACAAUAGUAGUGAUAAGUGACGAUACACGGACCGUAUAUUUUAAAGCAUCUGUGAUCGUAUCAUAACCAAUAUUUGGGAAUGUUAAAAACAGUGUGCUUUAUAACAAGAUAAGGGCUGUAGAUUCCCAUCUAGUCGAUAAAAUGGAUGAGGCUGUCACCCAUUAUAUCAAUUCACAUCAUUCUGGCGAGCCUGUUCAAGUGGAUACAAAUGGGCUUCCUAUCAAUGUCCAAGACGACGGCGGGGGGAGAGUGGUCACAGUUAUGCAUUCCCAGGCGUUUUCAUCACAAAUGUGCAGGCAGGUGACAGUGAAUGAGUCAGUGGGGGAAGGACAAUGGGGUGAAGAACUGUUGGACACUGACGGCCGGCUAGCCGCGCUGGUCGCCCAUCUAUCCAGGGCUUCGCACCAUCCGUCUUCACACCAUAAGAUGCCUAUGGUGAGAGACAUGGAUACCUCAGUGAUUCUGGAUACACCUUUGAGGAUCUUCAAUGGUCAAGCAUUGGAUGGCCAAGAAAAUAUAAUAGUGGAAGUGCCUCAGUUGUCCCCACUACCCUCCCUGCAAGAUAUGAAGAGAUGCCAAGGGACUGACUGGUUCAACAACAAGACCAAGGGUAUCCUCAAGGAUAACACACCAAUCCUGACAGACCCAGACACGCCCGUGCUAGAUAUGGGCGCGAGCGCAUCUCCGGCACAGAACAAACAGAGCAAGAAGAGUCUACCACAUAAGAAGAGAAUAUCGAGGAAACUGAAGAGGAACAACGGUGGAAGCACUCCGCAGCAGGACAUAGUUGUAAUAAACUGCGCAGAGGAGGUCCCGCAGGAAGAAAUUCUCCCGGACAACUUUGUGACCGUACAACAUCAGGAACACAUGCAAGUGACAAACGAGACGCAUCAUAUAGCUCACGAGAUGAGGGCGAUAUUCAUAUGUCAACUGUGCGGUGAUUUCUACGGCGAUGAUCAAAUGCGUUUCUACCAGCACCUGAAGCAGCAUUAUGAGCCUCACUCCACCAUCAUUAUAGAGAACCCCGUGCCAGACCUAGGGAUCGAUAAGAUGACAAAUACCUGCAUAGUGGAUAACGUGGCGACUCUACCCGACUCGAUUGUGGAGCUGUCACUAGAGAAUACAGUGCCCAAAACUAUGUACCAGCCCAUAGACAAACAUAUAUUGUACACGUCGAGCGAUAAAUCGAUGAACUACUCGAGCAAUAAGUUGCAAUACUCUGUGGCUAGCAUAGACAAGGAAGGGAAUGGAGAACAGGACAAGACUGAUUUGUACGACACCCUGGACAAGUUGGACAUGCAAUACAAAUGUCACAAGCCCGCCAAGAAACAUCACAGGUCGUGUGACACUCAUGUCAAGGACAACGGAGUUAAUAAGCUGGACGACAUGGGCGAGUUCAGCGAGCCGGAGGACCUGAUGGCCGGCAUCCACGUGGCGGUGGACGAGGCCGAGCCGGCCGAGGGCAGCCUGCUGCCGCACCUCACCGUGGACAGCGGCCACGUGCACCAGGACCACGUCCGGCACUGGUACUUGCGUUCCGGCGCGGCGGCCAACUGCCCCGCGUGUGUGGCGCCACAGGACUACACUCAGGAACAUACGCCUAGGCAGCUCAAAGAGGAAAUGUUCCACCGCAUGUUAGAAGUAGAAGUUCCGGCGCCAGACACAGAAUAUGCGCACACCAUCAUCCCGGAGCAGCCGCCGCCCGCGCGCGCACAGCCGCACGCCGCACAGGCCGCGCACGCUGCGCAGGCGCAGGCGCAGGAUGCGCAGAACGCGCAGGCUAUACAGAUACACUCGGUGCAUUCUCUGAAUACAAGCGAGGGGCAAGCGGAUGGCGAAAUAUCUGAAGAAGUUGAUAAGAAACCCGAGCUUACUAAAAGUAAGAAAGACCCUAAACGCUUCGAGUGUUCGAAGUGCGGCCGCGUUCUCAAACACAGGAACAGCCUCCUCUACCACAUGCUGUCUCACUCGGGGAAACAGCAGGCGUGCCGAGAUUGCGGCAAGCAGUUCUACACUGUGUCCGCUCUGAAGACACACCGGCGCGUGCACAACGACGAUCGUCCGUACAAGUGCGAUCAAUGCUCCCGCGCAUUCAGACAAUGGAGCGUUUUGAAAUAUCACAAGAGUUCCAUACAUUCCAAACAGAAACUGUUCAAAUGUGAAUUUUGCAACAAGGAGUUCGCCCGCAAGUACUCGCUCAAUCUGCAUCGCCGGAUCCACACGGGCGAGUACAAUUACAAGUGCGAGUUGUGCAACAAGAGUUUCAGAGCUUCGUCCUACAGACUGACACACAUGAGGACUCACACUGGCAUCAAACCGUAUAAGUGCGAGGAGUGCGGGAAAUGUUUCCGCGCCACUAGCGACCUCCGGCGGCACAUCAAAACGCACGAGAAAAUGCGCAACCGUCUCGAGGAGAAAAACAAACCGAAACCCAAAGAGAAAAAGGGUAAAACCGGCAAAGAAGUGAAACUGGAGCCCAGUGACGUAGAAGUUGCAAAGGAGAAGAAUGAUAACGGCCAACCUGAAGCGAAACAUGAAAAGGUUAAAUCUUACGCAGCGGCGUCGACGACGUCCAAACUCGUUAUACCAAAAAACGUGGAGAAAAUCAAGAUGGCGAAGAAAAUACACAAAAAAGAUGGCGCGCCCAACGUCACCGUUUUGAACAGAGCCGAUAGCAGUCACAAAAUGGCUGUAGAGUGCGCUAAUGACGUUGAAGUGUUCGAUACUAGGCAAGCGAAUGCUGAAUAUAAAUUCAAAGAUGUUUACAGCGAUCAUUCUGAAUUCAAAGAUGAACAUGUAACAGUUCCUUAUAAAGCUAAUAAUUCACAAUAUAAAGAUGAUGUGAACACUUCCGAAGAAAGAGAUUUCGCCACCUUAAGACCGAUAUUCAGAAGUAACGACCCUAUGGAUGUUUCUGUUGUAGAAAAAGUUGUUAGAACAGAAAAUACAGAUGGUAAGAUGCAAGUUUUCACACACGUGGAAAAGAGUAAGGAAUAUAGCGGUCCAUUGGGUGCGAGCAGGACGGAAACAAUGACGAACGGCGAAGAGAAUUUGUUUUUGGAGAGAUUGACUGCCUUAUACAAUAUACCCGCCAUAUGAAAAUAGUUCCGGAGAAAUAUUACUGGCGAACAGUAAUAUUUUCAGCUUUAAAAACAUUAGGGAAAUGUGUAUAAUAAAUAAGUAGUGAAUUAAGUAUGUAUGUAAGUUUUUAUAUUUAUUUUUAUUAGGCGUUUUACGGGAAAUAAGUAUAAAAAAAAUAAAUAUGUAGGGAAUUUUCACUGAAAAUGUUGCUUUUAAUUGAGGGAUACUAACUCAACGUUACUCGAUUUAAUAAUUAAUCCAUGUACAUGUGUAAAUAUGAGCAACUGUUUUAAUUUACUUUUCGAUUUCUAAAUAAAAUAUUUACGUGUAUUUUUACCCGAUAACGGCGAAUCAAAAAAGGGUUAUUACCGUAAUUUUUUCAAGCGUAUAUAGUAUAAUAUAUUUAUGGGCUGGUAUUUCUAUACAAUGAGGCCUGUUAUUUGUUAUAAAACGAGUUAUACUUACAAAAAAUCAACUUUUUUUUAAAUAUUGAAAUUAUUUUUUUCAUUUCCAUAAUAUAGUCGUAUUAUCAAGCGUUUCUCAUAGUUUCUCGCUUUUAGGAGACUGAGAUUAUUUCAUAGUUGAGUUUCUCAAACCUCGCUAAAUAAAGUUUUAGUUAAAAAUCUGUCAUAACACAAUGUCGACAUUUCCUUAGGUUGUCUGAACCAAAGCCGUCUUGUUAUUUUUUUUCUUUUUUAACAUUUUUAACAAUUAACAACAAAUUGUCAACAACAAAUAACAAUCACAAAAUCUUUUCAAUUGAGUUUGAGCUUGGAAGACCAAACGUAGAAAUUAAUUAGAUUUUUUGUGGUGCAGAAUAAUUUCUAUUAUAUGUUAAUAAUUACGCACAGUUUGCUAUGGUAAUUUAAGCAGUUUUGUUAUAGGUAAAAUGCAAAUUUUUUAUUUGGGAAAAAAAUAAAUUAUUUUCAUAUAAUGUUGAUUGAUUGCGAUAUUAUGCUAUCACAAUUAUCAGCCAUCAUUGGUAAACAUACAACCUUGCUAUCGAUGGUAAUAGAAUUGCAAAUGUGUUGAAUUUUCUUUGUAUUUUUUUUUCUUCAUGAACCCAGUUCGUAUUUAAAAUUCACUCAUUGCACCUACUUACUAUCGGCCGCUUGUUGUUCUUUUGAUUCGAGAAGUUGCAUAAUAAUUGUACCAAAAUAAAGUAGUUAAUUUUAUAUAAAAAAAAAAAGAAAAUAAUUAAAAAAAUCUUUUACUUACUACCUCAUUUGUGGUAUGUGAUUAUAAAAACAUGGAUCGAUAAUUUUAUUUUUAGUUACGAUUCUCAUCGAAAGUGUAUAGUUGUAAUAUCAUUUCUCACUCUUUUCUCGUAGUGAGAAAUGAUGACGACAUAUCUCCUUAUAUAAUCUUAAUAAUAUAAAACCAUUAAGAUGCCCGGUUAAAAUGCGUUAUGCGCAUAAAGGCACAGGUUUGAAUCCCACGUGGGCCAUGUACCAAUGUCUGUUUUCGAAUUUAUGUACAUUAGUUUGAAUACUAAUCCGAUGCUCUUACGGUGAGGGAAGACAUCGUAUAGAAACCUAUACAUUCAGAACUGGAUGUGUAACCAUGAUUGAUCCAAUACGGGUUGGGUUUACCUGCAAAGAUUGCGGAGUUCAGUUCGAAGUCGUUUCGUGUAAAAACCUGACUCACCCUAUCCAGGAUCCAUGGUCACAGUCAUCAACAAAUUGUUUGUUUAAUAUUCGUUUCUUAAGUUGUUUUCGGGACAACAACAAUAAAACAUCUACCAUCGAAGAAUAAUAUGACACUAUAUUACUGUUAUAAAUUUUUAAUUAACUUAUAUACAUAUGGUAUUUAGCUAUUGUUGGUUUACCAAAUAAAAAAAACUUUGUCGUCGCAAUGGUAAUAAUAAGUCCAACAUCAGUCCACCAUCAACCAUAACGAUUGAAUUUCAAUUAUUGGGUUUCAUUUGAUAUGUCGACAAAUGCGCAGAUAACAGCAUAGUUGUAAGCGAUGACAUUAUUUACAAUUAAGUACAGUACUACCACUUUAAUAAGUUACACCGAUGUACCUGCGCAGAAAUCAAUUUUUGUCAUGGCGCGAAAAUAUAUGCGCCAUUUGAACGCGGGAUCAAAACCGUUCGCUAUUGGCUAAUUGCGUACGCACCAUGUCUGGAGUUCGCAGGACCACACCGUCGCGGCGUCGCGGUAGUCGGUAAUGAGCGAGAUACACGAAUCCUGUUGUUUUGGGAUCUAAAAUCCUAUGUAGUAGAAAUAAGUUCGUUAUUUCACUA